AUGCCGCAGAACCGCCGCGACAGUGAAGCGAGCCAGAGUUCAUUAAUCAGCUACCGGAGUGUCGAGAACCAAAGUCCAGGGACCCCUGAGCAUCAUGCAGGGACACAAGGGACCAAUCCGGAUAACGUCAGCCCGACCCACGUAUCACCGUCUCGGCAUCGGGUCCAUUUCGGUACGGACCUGAGAUACGAAUAUGGUGAUGUUGACACGGAGUCAGAGGGAUCACCCGAAGAGCUACCUCCUGAACGUCGUCGAUCCACGCAGAGAUCUGUGGAUAUCACCGAGGCACGACCGAGGAAACAAUCCAUUUAUCUUAGUCAGCCUCAGGGGACAGAUAGUGUUGAUUUCGAGAAAGAGUCCCUAGCUCAGCCUUCUCACACUGGUAUUGGUGAUUCGCUGCUAAGCCGACUUAACCAGCUGAGACAUGCGGCGACGAAGAAGGCGAGAGAGUGCGCGGCUCGGCUGGGCCGUCCACCUUCUGAUGAAGGAGACGUGCGUGCUAUGCAAUACCGUCCUGAAUCGGCGGUCAGUAGCGAGCUCACGCUUUCUGAGAAGGGGUAUGACCAUCACAGAUCGAGCUCUGAGGCCCAUCGGCUUGUCCGAGAAUUGUCACAGGAUAAAAUGGCAUAUCAUCGGCCCGGACAUAACAAACACUAUCCGCACAAGGGUCCGGAUUACUGGGGUAGUCCUGCUGACGCGUGGAAUGGGGCGGGUAUACGACGCCGUGGGAGUAAUGGAGGUGUUUUGUCCCAGCUUCUGAAACUCAACGGAGCUCUGGAUCAUGUACAUAUAGGCGUACCGUCGAACAUAAGUCAGUCUCCUAGAGAGAUCGGGACGCCUCUGAGUGGAAGCCCAUCUGGGACAACUACGCCACGGAAAAUGAAAUGGUAUAAGAAGCCGCCGAAUAUGUCGCCUAACACUCUGGCUGCCACCUCGACGAAUAUCAGUGGGGCGAGCACACCGGUCUCAAGUGAAAUACUUACAGCUGCCUCGAAACGGCGCAGCAAGCAAUCGCCGGGGAAUAUGAGGCUCGAGGAUGAAAUUCAAAUUACUCUACAGAUUGCACAGAUUAUCGCGCGCGAGAGGUACAUUAUGCAGCUGUGCAAGGCACUCAUGGUCUUCGGGGCCCCCACGCAUCGCUUAGAGGAGUACAUGCAAAUGACCGCGAAGGUCCUCCAAGUGGAUAGCCAGUACCUCUACGUCCCCGGCUGCAUGAUAAUGUCUUUUGACGAUCCCUCGACCCGAACCGCGGAAGUCAAACUCGUCCGCGUCUCACAGGGCGUCGACCUAGGCCGUCUCUCCGAAACUCACAACAUCUACAAAAACGUCAUCCACGACGUUAUAGGCAUUGAGGAAGCAACCCAAGAACUGGAAGACAUCAUGAAACGAAAACCCCGGUACAACAAGCUCAUCAUCGUGCUAGUCUGUGGCCUAGCCACCGCCAUGGUCGGCCCAUUCGCCUUCGGCGCCAGACCCAUCGACAUGCCCAUCAUCUUCUGCAACGGCUGUCUGCUCGGCAUCAUGCAGCAUGUCAUCGCGCCACGCUCAGUUCUCUACUCAAACGUCUUCGAAGUAACAGCCGCAGUGCUAACCUCCUUCAUUGCGCGCGCCAUCGGCAGCAUAACAACCACCAUCCACGGCACGCCCAACCAAUACCUCUUCUGCUUUUCCGCCAUCGCCCAAUCCUCCAUCGCCCUCAUUCUCCCAGGGUACACCGUCCUCUGUAGCAGUCUGGAACUCCAAUCCCACAAGAUCGUCCCGGGCUCCAUCCGCAUGGUCUACGCAAUCAUCUACUCCCUCUUCCUCGGCUACGGCGUCACGGUCGGAACAACCAUCUACGGCCUCAUCGACCGCUCCGCAACAUCCAACACAACCUGCCCCAACAUCCUCGGCUUCGAAAACCCCUACGUAGCCCGCUUCCCAUUCGUCGUCGCCUUCUCCAUCUGCCUCCUGAUCAUCAACCAGGGGAAAUGGAAACAGGGCCCCGUAAUGGUCAUCAUCGCCUUCACAGGCUACGUGACUAAUUACUUCGUAACCAAGCGUCUCGGGACAAACACCCAGGUCGCCAACACCGUCGGCGCAUUCGCCAUAGGCGUCAUGGGAAACCUGUACAGUCGACUGUGGCACGGACACGCAGCCACCGCCAUUUUACCGGGGAUAUUUGUCCUCGUGCCGUCUGGUCUUGCGGCGUCCGGAUCGCUGAUUGCGGGCGUGGAGUCGGCGGAUGCCAUUCGGUCGAAUGUCACCCGGAAUGCGACUCAUGGGGUUGCUCAGUCUGCUGGGGCGGGACAGCAGAAGUCCGUCCAGGAUCUCGGGUUUGGGAUGGUGCAGGUUGCUAUUGGGAUUACGGUUGGGCUGUUUGUGGCUGCUUUGGUGGUGUAUCCGUUGGGGAAGAGGAGGAGUGGCUUGUUUAGCUUUUAG